UCCUCUUUGAUACAGUCUACAUUAUAAUUCGCACAUCAGAAAUUCCUACGCAAAAUGAGCACUCCCAUGGAAAUCACCGCUCAAAACUCCUCAGACGCCAAGAUCUCGGAACUAAACGCCGUCGCUGACCCAUCUUCUUCCCCCCUUCUCAACCAAGACAAAUUUCUCGUCUCUGUCGAAGUUUGUUUGAAGCCCUCAAGCACUGCUCGCAUAGAUGAUGUCAGGUUAGCUGUUGAAAGAAUGCUUGAAAAGAGGAGUUUAAGCUAUAUAGAUGGACCGAUCCCUGUACCAGUUGAUGAUCCCUUUCUGAUGGAAAAUGUACAAAGAAUCUGUGUUUGUGACACUGAUGAAUGGGUGAAGAACCAUGAUAUUCUUCUAUUCUGGCAAGUCAAACCCAUUGUUCAUGUCUUUCAGCUUAGUGAGGAAGGACCAUGCGAGGAACUUAGUGGGGAUGGUCAACCUUCUAGCUUCAAUGAAUGGAUUCUUCCUGCCAAGGAAUUUGAUGGGAUGUGGGAAAGCUUGAUAUAUGAAUCUGGUCUCAAGCAAAGGUUAUUGCGCUAUGCAGCAACUGCAUUGCUAUUUACUGAGAAGGGUGUUGAUCCUUUUCUUGUCACAUGGAAUCGAAUUGUCCUUUUACAUGGACCUCCUGGUACUGGGAAAACAUCCUUAUGUAAAGCAUUGGCUCAAAAGCUCUCCAUUAGAUUUAGCUCCAGAUAUCCACAGUCCCAGUUGGUUGAAGUUAAUGCACAUUCUUUGUUCAGCAAAUGGUUUUCUGAAAGUGGGAAGUUGGUUGCAAAGCUUUUCCAAAAAAUUCAAGAAAUGGUGGAGGAAGAAAACAAUCUAGUAUUUGUUUUGAUUGAUGAAGUUGAAAGCCUUGCUGCUGCUAGAAAGGCUGCUUUGUCUGGUUCUGAACCUUCAGAUUCUAUUCGGGUUGUAAAUGCACUACUAACUCAGAUGGACAAACUGAAAUCAUCAUCAAAUGUGAUAAUUCUGACUACAUCAAACAUAACCGCUGCCAUUGAUAUCGCAUUUGUUGAUCGGGCUGAUAUCAAAGCAUAUGUCGGUCCUCCAACUCUUCAAGCUCGAUAUGAAAUUUUAAGGUCCUCCUUGCAGGAACUUAUACGAACAGGAAUUGUAUCAAAAUUUCAGGAUUCUGCGCACUUCAUGCUUCCAAAUUUUGCCGCUACAAGAGAGAAAUUGAACAAGCCUGAGAUGCAAGAGGAUCAAACACUAUUGCACCAGUGUAAGCAAUUGCUUGAAGCUGCAGAAGCAUGUGAAGGGUUGAGUGGAAGAUCAUUAAGGAAACUUCCAUUUUUGGCACAUGCGGCUCUUGCUGACCCUUACGGUUGUGACCCUAGCAAGUUCUUGCUUACAAUGAUUGAUACAGCAAGAAGGGAGUGUUCUGAGCUACCUGACUGAACUUAUUUUAACUCCAUGUAAAAGAUGUGUUUGCCGCUUUAAUGUAAAAUAAUAUAAAAAAAUAAAAUAAAAUUCCGUCCUUUGCAGUUGUCACAUAUCAAUAUUUUCUGAAUGAGGCAUCCUGUUUGUUGGCAGAGCCGGUUAUGGUGAUCAUAACUCAAAAUGAGAUAACAGGGCCAGAAGCU